UGCAACAACAAAAUAGAAAGGGCGAUACAUGGCCCCCGCUUCUAUAUUUGUUUGGCGGCAAAAACUGUACCGAAAUAAAAACCCAACAAAUAUCUCCGUAUAUUGAGCCCGGUUCUUCAAUUUCCCGACCAGAUUGUAGAAAUCAAAGUCUUCAAAUCCAGAAGAUAAUGUUGGAAUUCGACAUUUCGUAUCAUCUCAUAAUAAAGUGACGUUUCAAUUUCAUCGAUUUGGGGUUUCCAAUGGAAGCAGCAACUCCGUCCGAUUCCCCAACCAUAAUAAGACCGAUAAACAAAGGCGUUGUUCACAGAAUCUGCGCCGGCCAAGUGAUUCUGGACCUCUCGUCGGCCGUCAAGGAGUUGGUCGAGAACAGCCUCGAUGCCGGCGCAACCAGCAUUGAAAUCGCUCUCAAAGACUACGGCAAGGAGUGUUUCCAAGUGAUCGACAAUGGCUCUGGCAUUUCGCCGAACAACUUCAAGGUCCUCGCGCUUAAGCACCACACUUCGAAGCUGGGCGAUUUCCCUGACCUUCAGUCUCUGACCACGUUUGGUUUUCGAGGUGAGGCGCUGAGCUCUCUCUGUGUGUUGGGGAACUUGACCGUCGAAACCAGGACCAAAUACGAGUCCGUUGCCACGCACUUGACUUAUGAUCGUACGGGAUUGUUGGUAGCCGAGAAGAAGACGGCCCGUCAAAUUGGCACCACUGUUACUGUCAAUUCUUUGUUCUCCAGUUUGCCAGUGCGAUGCAAGGAAUUCACUCGUAACAUUCGGAAGGAGUACGGAAAGCUUAUUUCGUUACUAAAUGCCUAUGCCCUUAUUGCAAAAGGAGUUCGGUUAGUAUGCACAAACAAAACCGGUAAAAGUGUAAAAUCGGUGGUACUUAAAACGCAAGGCAGUGGUUCGCUUAAGGACAACAUCAUUACUCUGUUUGGCAUGAACACUUUCAACUGCUUGCAACCUCUGACUUUAUGCAUAUCAGAUGGUUGUGAGGUUGAUGGUUUCGUGUCCAAGCCUGGACAAGGUAAUGGACGCAAUAUUGGGGAUAGACAAUUCUUUUAUGUGAAUGGUCGACCGGUGGACAUGCCUAAAAUCACCAAGCUUGUGAAUGAGUUGUACAGAAGUGCAAACUCCCAGCAACAUCCUGUUGCAAUAUUGAAUUUUACUGUUCCAACCAGAGCAUGUGAUGUUAAUGUAACUCCUGAUAAAAGGAAAGUGUUCUUUUCCGACGAAAACACCAUAUUACAUGCACUAAGAGAGGGUUUGCAGCAGAUUUAUUCCUCAAGUAAUGCCUGUUACGCUGUUAAUAAGGCCGAGGAGCUUACUAUGGAAACGGGUAGGUCUCAGUUGUGUUCUCCUCAUCAGAAAUCUCAUGUAGUGGUGAAACCAUUAUCUAAGGAUGAGAGUUCUCCUGAAGAAGUUCAGGAUGAGGAUGGCAAUUUGGAGGUUCAAAGUCAUGUGAAAACUGUUGAAACUGAUGUUAAGGAUACCCAUAUUAUAGAAAGCGUUUCUGGUGAUAAUAUAAUGAGGGACUUUGCUUUGGGAGUGCACAGCAUUAACAAGGGGGAGGAUACAAGUCAAUUGAUGACCCACAAUGACAGCAUCAUUAGCAGUCAGAAUACUAUUUCCUUCUCUAAAAUGGUUAAGGAUUCGUACAGUCAUUCAAGUGUGGUUCAAUCAUCGCUUGAUAAAUUUGUAACUGUCAACAAAAGAAAGCAUGAAUGCAUCAGUACAAUACUAUCUGAAGUGCCUGUCUUAAGAAAUCAGACUCUUCAGUUUCAAUCCAAGAGCAGCAAUUUUGAAGACAAUGCUGCAGUUUCAAGAUCCCCUAGCCCUCAGCAAGUUGAGGACUCUGCUAAGGUUGAAAUGCUAUCUAAAAUGCCUGUCUUAAGAAAUCAAACUCUUCAAUUUCAGUCUGAGAACAGAAACGAUAAAAGCAAAUUUGCAGUUUCAAGAUUUGCAAGCCCUUGUCAAGUUGAUGACUCUGCUGAUAUUGAAAUGCUAUCUGAAGUGCCCGUCUUAAGAAAGCAUUCUCUUUACUUUCAAUCCAAGAACAGCAUUGUUGAAAAUGAUGCUAAAGUUUCAAGAUCCCCAUGCCCUCACCGGGUUGAUGACUCUGCUGAGGUAGAGGAAAGUCACGCUUCCAAGUAUAUUAGAGAAGAAAAGAUCUCCAAUAAAAUUGUGAAUGCACUUGCUUCUGUAUGCGAUACUGAUAAUGGAGAACCUCCAGAGGAUAUAGACACUCAUGAGAAAGGAGUUCCUGUUGCUAAUAUCACAUCAAUUGCUUCAUCCAGUGGGGAUCUCGAAUUGCUGCCUGAAGAUGGUUCGGUUGACGUUCCUUUACAUUCUUCUAGUAUUCGGAUAGAUGCCCAAAAGCCUUCUUCUGACCUUAAGAUAUGUUCCACCGUGCAAUUUAGUAUUCAAGACCUGAAGACCAAAAGGCAGAAAAUGGUGUCUCAAUUGCAAUCCAGCAAAUAUAUAUGCCAAAGAAGGAAGACGAAAAGGUGUUAUACUGCUGCAACACUGGAGCUAUCUCAACCUGAAGAUGAGGAGCGAAAGGCGAAGGCUUUAGUUGCAGCGACUACUGAAUUGGAAAAACUUUUUAGAAAAGAAGACUUCAGCAGGAUGAAGGUAAUUGGACAAUUCAAUCUUGGGUUCAUCAUUGGGAAGUUAGAUCAAGAUUUAUUUAUUGUGGAUCAGCAUGCUGCUGAUGAGAAAUAUAAUUUUGAGCGUCUGUCACAAUCAACCAUCUUAAAUGUACAACCUUUACUUCGGCCGUUAAGGUUGGAGUUAUCUCCUGCAGAAGAAGUGGUUGCUUCAAUGCAUAUAGAUAUAAUCAGGAAAAAUGGAUUUGCUUUGGAAGAAGAUCCUGAUGCACCCCCUGGGCACCAAUUUAGACUAAAAGCUGUCCCCUUCAGUAAAAACAUAACUUUUGGAGUUGAAGAUGUUAAAGAUUUGAUUUCUACUCUUGCUGAUGAUCACGGGGAAUGCACAAUGAUCGGUACUUAUAAGAUGGACACCCCUAAUUCUGUUUGCCCACCCAGAGUUCGUGGCAUGCUGGCGUCACGCGCAUGCAGAUCAUCUGUCAUGAUUGGGGAUGCACUUGGAAGAAAUGAGAUGCAGAAGAUAAUUGGGCAUUUGGCGAAGCUGAACUCUCCUUGGAAUUGUCCGCAUGGAAGGCCAACAAUGCGCCAUUUAAUAGACUUGACGAGCAUAUACAAGAGAUCGGAAGAAUGAUGCUGAUGCAGCAGAUAAUUUGAUUAUCCUAACCUUAUAAAUUAUUUGUUCAGAGGCAUUUUGUUUGUAUUUUAAGGUGCUGGCACUCGAACGUACAUAACCUUUUUUGGUCUGAGAAUGUACAUAAUACAUGGGGCAGGAAUUUUGGUUCUGUAUAAAUAAUUUUAAUUUUAAUUUAUUUUUUUUUUAUUGACGAUUACGUGUCUUUUGGCUAUGGCAA